UGGGUCACGGUCCUCACAUUGUGGCUCAGAAUAAACUCACCCAAAUUUUCAUCUAUAGAUUGGUUAUGGAUUAUUUUCGUGGACAGGUUUCUACCUGAAUCCGUGUCUCCCGAGUUAUAAUUCUAAUUGCCCAAGUACCUGCUGUUUGAAUUAUAGUGAAUUUUUCCUUUCUAUGUUCCCGAGACCAGACACACACAAACGGAUCUAAAGAACGUUUCCUGGCAGUAAACGCACACGUGAGGAUUCUAACGUCCCCGACGGUGGAGGGGCCGGGACAGUCCUGCGCGCAGGCUGGGCCCGCGGGUCCCCCUUCCCACGGGGAAGAGGACCCGGAGCCCCCGGUGUGACCUCAGGCCCCCACGUGGAGGCGGGGAGGAUGGGCGGGGCCUACGGUGUUAAAGGUCGUCUGUCAAAACCGACCCGGACACUGUCCUGCUCAGGUCAUUGUCUGUGUUCUUAAAGGGCACAGACGAACGGUGACUUCCCCAGGAGCCGACUCCUGACCCCGGACGUCACCAGACCGACCCACCCCCGUUUGUCCAGUUUUAGCUCCAGACGCCGCGCGCCGGCUGCGGAAACUGAGUCAGGACUUCCGAGUCCAGGAGGAGGAGGGGCCUCCCUGCCCGAGGUGGAGGGUCUCGGGAAACCGGCCAAUAAGGAGCCGAGGCUGUGGGACGGCCCAAAGCACCGUCCAAUCAGGGCGCGGGCUGCCGGAGCUCCGUCCAAUCAGGCCCGGGGGCGGGCGCGCUCGUAUCCGCGUGGACGUCGCUCUCGUCCGGCCGCGUCCCCGCCCACACCUGCCCCGCGCGGCCCCAGGUAUCCCGUCCUGUCGCUGUCCCCUGCCGGGGCCGCGGGGAGGACGCGCGGAGGGUCCGGAGCAGGCGGAGAUGGAUUCGCUGGUCUUUGAGGAUGUGGCUGUGAACUUCACCCCGGAGGAGUGGGCUCUGCUGGAUGGUGCUCAGAGGAAGCUCUACAGAGACGUGAUGCUGGAGACCUGCAGGAACCUGGCCUCCGUGGAUUGUUUCACUCAAGUUAAAGCCAGCGGAUCAAGUCCUCAGCAGGAUAUUUUGAAGCAUAAAUUAUUCAGUAAGGAGAAAAUAGUAAGAUUCAGAGGAAGUGAUUCCUGGUCUGGUUUUGGAGAAAACUGGCCAUUGCAUAGCGUUGAAGAUCAGCACCAAACCCAGGAGAGUUGUUUGAGGAGUCCUUUGCUGGAGAGUCUCCACGGAAGCAGUGAAGGUGGUCACUGUGGAGAAACCCUGAACCAGAUUACAAACCUUCCUGUGCCCGAGAGGUGUCCGACUGGAGUUACACCGGAAGAGUGCACAGAGUGUGGAGAUGCCCUCAUGGAUUUAUCCUUCCUUAAGAAUCAGCAACGAUCUGACACUGGACACAAACCUCAUCCCUGUGAGGAAUGUGGGCAGGCCCGCAGUUGUGUCUCGUGCCUAAGCACUCAUGUGCCAACAGCCGUUGUGGAGAAACCCUAUGAAUGUAAGGAGUGUGGGAAAACAUUCACUAGUUCCUCUUCCCGCCGAGCACAUGCAAGGUUGCACAGUGGGGAGAGACCCUUCCAGUGCCAGCAGUGUGGGAAAUCCUUCACCUUUCGGUCCUCGCUUCGAGGACAUAAGAGAACACACACUGGGGAGAGACCCUAUGAAUGUCAGCACUGCGGGAAAGCUUUCAAGGAGCCUCACCAUUUUCAAAGGCAUGUGAGAAUUCACAGUGGUGAGAAACCCUAUGAAUGUAAGGAAUGUGGGAAAGCCUUCAGUUAUACCUUAUCCCUCCAAGAACAUGUGAAGACACACACUGGGGAGAGGCCCUAUGAGUGUCAGCAGUGUGGGAAAGCCUUCUCCUCUCACUCCUCCUGCCGACGACAUAUGAGAACACACACCGAGGAGAGACCCUAUGAGUGUGAGCCAUGUGGCAAAGCUUUCAAGCUGCUUGAAACUUUUCAAACGCAUGUGAGAAUUCACAGUGGUGAGAAACCCUAUGAAUGUAAGGUGUGUGGGAAAGCCUUCAGGUGUUCCUCCUCACGUCGAAGACAUGUGAGAACUCACAGUGAAGAGAAACCCUAUGAGUGUAAGCAGUGUGGCAAAGCCUUCAAGGAUUCUGCAUCCCUGCACGUACACGUGAGAAGGCACAGUGGGGAGAGGCCCUACGCGUGUAAGGAAUGUGAGACAGCCUUCACUCGUCACGCUGACCUUCAACGACACGCCAGAACCCACAGUGGGGAGCGGCCCUAUGAGUGUCAGCAAUGUGGGAAAGCCUUCAGUCGUCACUACUACCUUCAAGAGCAUGCCAGAAGCCACAGUGGGGAGUGACCUUAUGAAUGUCAGCCCUGUGGGAAGGCUUUCAUGCAGCCUCAACAUUUUCACUGUCAUCUGAGAACCCACGAUGGGCAGAGGGGUAUUAAUGUCAGUAAUGUGGGAAAGCUCACACAUAUCCUGGAUUCCUGUGAGAACACACUGGAGAGUAAAAUCUGAAUCCACGGACUGAGGGAGAGCCUUCACUCUGCUUGAAACUUUGUGGCAAAUGUGAGCAAACACACUGGAGAGAUUGCUUAGGCCUGGAAAGACUGUGGGGCAACGUUCAAGUGUAGUAGUUCACUUAUUUUCUUCAUGAAAACUCAGGGCAGGAAAGAGACCUUUUGAUUGUUUUGUGUGGCUUCAUCUUUAUAAGUGUGUCAUCCUUACUAGGGACCCCCAGUGUACCGAUUUCCAGGUCAUGUUGCUGAUAUGAACACUGAAGAUAAUAAAUAUCUGUCUAUUUAUGCAUCAUCUUACUACAUAUUUCAUCACCUUGGACCUUAAGUAAUUGUACAGGUGUGUACACUCGUCUUAUUUAUAUUACAACAUGUUUUGGACCCAGGGAUAAGUGGUUUUUGUUUUUUGUAUAGUCAUGUGCAAUUUGAUAUAAUUUUAGAGGAAAAUUUUUCAAUUCUCACUUUUCUUUGUGUUCCUAGUGUAUAUUCAUGAUGCUACACUUGUAUUCUUGAAAUUUCACAUCUGGCCAACUGUUGCAGCUUUUCUGACUGAAUAUCUGUUUGCCUCUGCAAUCUUUCUUAUGGAAAGAUGUAUAGUGCACAUUUCAUUCUCGUUAGUGAAUACCACAUCUGUUUCUAACAUGAAGUAGUAUUGUGGAAAGCUCUUGGAAGGGGACAGUCCCAUGUGAUUAUGUUCAUAAUAUGACUUUGCCCAUUGUUCAUGAACUUGUUUGGAAAUGGACAUGAUAAAUUGAGUUCAGAAGAGAAACUUGUGGCAUGAAGAUGGAGCUGGUGUCCAGAGGCUUCUACUGAACUGUGCUGUCACCUUGCGGAAGGUGGGAAACUAUCUGAAAGUCCUUCUGUGUGUGGCUCUGAGUUAAAGUUCACGAGCAGAGGAAGACACAUGAGGUUUGGAUAGCAGAAGUGGAGAAUCCGUGAGUCUCAGUUCUCCUGUCCUGUCAGGAGACAGAGGUGCCUGGGACCCUAGGAGGCCUGCCUCACAGCACACUUUUCUGACUUCUGGCUCUGCCCGUCUGGAACAGCCCCAACCAAACACCAUGUUUGACAUCAGCUCCCUCUUAGGCAGCAGGUUCCACAGACUUUCCUACAAGCUCCCCCAUCAUGGAGCCUCUUUGGUUUGCAGGUUCACACAUUUACUUGCAUUUUCCUGCAGCUCGUUGGUGUGCAUCAGGCCACUUCAGGCUGUCACACUUUGUGGCAGUCUCUCAUUCUUGACCCCCUCCAUCUCCAAUGCUUCUCCUGAUGACAUGAAUUCUGUGGGAAGCAUCUUGUUCUCUAAUAGUGGAUCUGUUUCCUGCCUCCACCCUCACAGAUUCAAUGCUGUAGCCACAUAUAGCAUAAAGUUACUUCCCUGGUUGCAUUGUUGCAAGGCUUCAGUAAUCCGGCAUUUCUUCUUUCUGGAUACUUCCAUGAUUGAAAGCAGCAUUUGCAAAUGUAUUUGAAUUUGUGAGUUUCUCUUACGGCUGACUGCUAUCUAAAUGUUAAACCCUGUAUGUUUAAUUUCUUUCCAUUUUUCUAUGUAAUUUCCGAGUGCUUACUUCUUUCGUUUUUUAUAUGUGACUUACAACAGGAAAAUAGCUCUCUACGUUGUUUCUUCGAAAGCUCAUUCCCUAGGUUUUCAAGUCUGUUGUAUGCUUACAAGUGUUAUGUUUUAUUAAAUUUGAGGUUAUGUUAAACUAUCCCAUUCUGGAGGAUAAUUUAUUCUUGUAAUUGUGCCUGUUCUUCUGUAUAUAUCCUGGGAUAAUAGUGCUAAAUACAUAUGCCUUUUGAUA